AUCAAGUCUCUCAGCCUUUUAGUCUACAAUCUUCUUAUUCCCUACCUCCUCCAUUUGAUAUCACUCAGAAACAUCUACGAAAAAAUGGCAAUUAAUCCAUCGGUUCUCUUAACCAUAUUCACUCUCUUUCUCCUCUUGAGCCUCACCAACGCCGGAAUCCCCGGCGUCUACUCCGGUAGCUCUUGGCAAACCGCUCACGCCACUUUCUACGGUGGAGAUGACGCUUCCGGAACCAUGGGCGGUGCGUGCGGUUACGGAAACCUGUACAGCCAAGGGUAUGGCACAAACACAGCGGCGCUAAGCACGGCACUGUUCAACAGUGGCUUAACCUGCGGGGCAUGCUUUGAAAUCAAAUGUGUCAAUGAUCCUAAAUGGUGUCACUCAGGCAGCCCUUCCGUCUUCGUGACCGCAACCAACUUUUGUCCUCCAAACUUAGCUCAGCCUAGCGACAACGGUGGCUGGUGCAACCCACCACGCGCUCACUUCGACUUAGCCAUGCCCGUUUUCCUCAAGAUCGCUCAAUAUCGCGCCGGCAUUGUCCCCAUCUCUUACCGCAGGGUGGCAUGUAGGAAGAGUGGAGGGAUAAGGUUCACGAUCAACGGUCACCGUUACUUCAACUUGGUGCUGAUCACGAACGUGGCGGGAGCAGGAGACAUCGUGAGAGCGAGCGUGAAAGGGUCAAAGAGUGGUUCUUGGAUGAGUUUGACUAGGAACUGGGGACAGAACUGGCAGUCUAAUGAUGUUCUUGUUGGUCAGUCACUUUCCUUCCGUGUCACAGCCAGUGACCGUAGAACCUCUACUUCAUGGAACAUCGUACCUUCUAACUGGCAGUUUGGACAAACCUUUGUCGGAAAGAAUUUCAGGGUCUGAUUAAAGUGAAAAUGUGAGGAUAUCGAACACAUUCAAGUGGUAGAUACGAAGAACACUCCACCACUUUCAGUUUCGACAUCUUUCAAUUUGUAAACUACUAGUAUAUUUUGAAGCUGAAGGUGGCUGUUGGAAAAACUGUAAACAGCCCGCAGCUCUUAAUUAAAUAACACAAGGUUGCUUGUAAUGUGAAUUUCCAAUUCCACUUAUGUGUAAUUUACCACCACUUAUAGUAUAAAA